CACGAAUCAUACUCGGCGACACUGUCUCACCUUAACCAAGUCAUAGCUGAAACUGGCGCGCAGAGCAGCCAUCUCGACAACAAGUCAUGGGCCCCAAGCGACACCACGAUGCCCUCACAUACUCUGAUAACGAUGAGCCAGCACCGCAACCCGUAGCCAAGCGGCGGAAAGAGCAUUCCUCUGCCAAAUCCAAAUCAACGGAGCCAAAGACCGACUCUACAUACGGCCAACGCGCCGCCUUCCCUGGCCUCGACGAACCUGCUACGCUCAGCGACGAAGACCUGGAAUUCGAGGACCAAGUCGAUGCCCUCGCCUAUCUCCGUUCUGUUCGACAAGAGGCCCACGGCAUACCUCACCUCCUCGUAGCUCCCAAAGCUGGGCCGCAGCUCCCGCCGUACCUCUUGGAUAAUUCAUCAAGCAACGUGGACAGAAGCAUCUACCGCGACGGCCUCGGCGAUUCCCGUGGCUACUACCAAGACGGCGCCUACACAGCCACCCCUGACAAUCUCGUCGAGCCCGUCCCCGAAGACGACGAUAACUACGAUAACUACGGCUACGGCGGCGCCAACUAUGAUGAAGACUCCUCCAGCGACUCGUCAAGCAACACCUCCCGCGCCCACGCCCUCUUGACCACCAACCGCCACCUCGCCCGCGAAGCCUACUUCGCCUCCCUCAUAUCCCAAUUCUCCGCGCUCCGCUCCAUGCUCCACCAAACCCCCCCUUCCUCCCUCCUUGCCGCGCUCGACAAAGACCACGGCUACCAAGUCGGCUCCUUUGGUCCCAAGUCGCGGACCUUCCGAGUCUGGACGAACCGGAUCCGCUACACGGACCCGGUUCCCGCGCAGGUGGCCGCCAUGGACCGGUUCGGCGCGCUCAAGCUUCUGCGUGUGAUCCUGGGCGGGAAAUUCAUUCGUCGGGGUUGCGAGCUGCGAGAGCGCACGAGUCGGUGGAUAUGGGCGUUGUUGGCAAGACUGCCGGAUAGAGGGGAGAUGGAUCAUCUGGACAUCGGAUGGGUGAGAGAACUGGGGAAGAGGGCAGUGUUAAUGAUGGUGAGCAUUGCGCAGAUGGCCGCGUUGAAGGAAGAGGUGGAGGGUGAUUUGGAGGGGCAGGAGCUGCUGAUUGGAGAUGAUGAUGGCGAAGAGGAGGAGGAGGAGGAGGAGGUUUUGGUCGAGUUGGAGCCGGAUACGAGUAAUGAGGGUGGUGGGAGAGUGGAGAAGGAGGGCCAAACAGUCGAGAAGGACGUGGUUGAAUCGACCACCGAGGAGGACUCUUCGAAAGCUGCAAACGCUGUUGCUGGGAACGAGGGCAACUCGGCUAAGGUCGAGCAACGCCAGGAGCAAGAAGAGGCAGAGGGGGGAGAGAUCGACAUGGAGAUCGAUGAUGGAGAAGUGCUCGAUGAUGAGGAGGGAGGCCCCAACCUUCCUGCUGCAUCGUCAAAAGACGAUGCUGAGGCUAAUAUCGCGGCUGCGAAGGCACGAUUGCUUGCUCAGCUUGAUGAGGAUACUGCUGCUGCUGACGCUGAAGCUCAACAACGGGAAGAUGAGUUGACGAGACAACGACUGAACAUGAGAGCGACACUGAACAUGAUUCUGACUGUCGCCGGUGAGUUUUAUGGCCAGAGAGAUCUACUCGAGUUCCGGGAUCCUUUCCCCGCUCUACAGAGGUAGGAGA